AUGAUUGAUUUGAAAACAUUUGAAGUCUGGUUUUUGACAGGUAGUCAGUUUCUAUAUGGUGAAGAAACGCUGAAACAUGUUGCUGAAGAUGCAAAACAAAUUGCUGAAGGAUUGAACAAUGUUGAACAAAUACCUGUUCAAAUUGUAUUUAAACCAAUUCUAAAAACACCGGAUGAGAUAUAUGACCUAUGUCAACAAGUGAAUGUUGCAAAAAAAUGUAUCGGUGUCAUUGCAUGGAUGCAUACGUUUUCUCCGUCAAAAAUGUGGAUAUGUGGACUGAAAGCACUGCAGAAGCCAUUAUUACAUUUACAUACUCAAUUUAAUCGCGAUAUACCUUGGAGUGAGAUUGAUAUGAAUUUUAUGAAUUUGAAUCAAAGUGCACAUGGUGACAGAGAAUUUGGGUAUAUAAUGACACGAAUGCGUUUAAAUCGUAAAAUCGUGGUCGGUUAUUGGCAAGAUCGUCAAGUACUAGAUCGUAUUAAUGUUUGGUCUCGAGCUGCGUGUGCAUGGUAUGAUUGGCAGGGAGCAAAAUUUGUUAGGUUUGGUGAUAAUAUGCGACAAGUAGCAGUAACCGAGGGUGAUAAAGUUGAAGCCGAAAUAAAAUUUGGCUAUAGUGUAAACACACAUGGUAUUGGAGAUUUAGUUGACGUUAUUAAUGCGGUAAACGAUUCUGAUAUUGAACAACUUUGCGACGAAUAUGAGAAACAAUACAAUGUUGUCGAGUGUUUGAGAAAAAAUGGUGGUGAUAAACAUAAAUCAUUAAGAGAAGCAGCAAAAAUUGAACUGGGAUUAAAAACAUUCUUAGAAAAAGGAAACUACAAAGGUUUCACUGAUACGUUUGAGGAUUUACAUGGUCUCGUACAAUUGCCGGGUAUUGCUGUACAACGAUUAAUGGCUAAAGGAUAUGGGUUCGGGGCUGAGGGAGACUGGAAAACUGCUACGAUCGUACGAGCGAUGAAAGUGAUGGGCAGUGGAUUGAAAGGUGGAAGUUCGUUUAUGGAAGAUUAUACAUAUCAUUUAGAACCACAUAAUGAGAUAGUUUUGGGAGCACAUAUGUUAGAAAUAUGUGAAAGUAUUAGUGUUAACAAACCAUCGUGUGAAAUACAUCCUUUAGGUAUUGGAGGUAAGGCUGAUCCAGUUCGUUUGGUAUUCAACUCAGCAGAAGGUUCAGCCCUUAACGCGUCAUUGAUUGAUAUGGGUAAUCGAUUUCGUUUGUUAGUUAAUGAAGUAAAUGCUGUUAAACCUUUAAAAGACUUACCAAAAUUGCCAGUAGCACGCGUCCUCUGGAAACCAUGCCCAGAUAUGAUAACAGCCUGUUCGGCAUGGUUAUUGGCUGGUGGUGCUCAUCAUACAUGUUACAGUCAAAAUGUUACUUCAGAAUAUUUGCAAGAUUUUGCUGAAAUGAUUGGUAUUGAAUGUGUAUUCAUUGAUAAUAACACAAAUUUACACAAUUUUAAAAAUGAACUAAGAUGGAAUGAGGUCUAUUAUCAAUUGAAUAAAUGA